GAAGACAAAAAAGAUACUAAUGAAAGAAGAAGAUUAUUCCACAGAGGGCAUUGAAGUUGAAAUCAGCAAAAGUUUUGUUCAUAUCCAUGGAGUCCUGCAACUUCUCGAGGAGCGUAUGAUGCAAGUGGUGUAUGAAGAGAGGCGCAAAGAAAGGACACAGCUUGAAGAGAUUGAUAACAGCUUGCAGGUUCUUAAAGAACAGUUAGAGUCUGCUAUUGUGACCGCUGUAUUUGCAAAGAAGCAUUCAGAGAAUGUCAGUCAUCAAAUGAUAAUCGAUGAGUUUAAAGAACUAUUAAAGCUUCCGUGUCAUCUUGUAGAUCCACAGAAUCCCUCUAAACAAUCUAAUUUAAAAUUUCAAAUAAAUUCUGAAGAAAUAAUAGAAACAAUAAAGAAUAACUGUGACAUUAUAAUGGUGUCUUCUAAUGAUUCAUACAAACUGGUUUGUAUCGACGAACUACAAAAUGACCAAGUUACGGACAGGUCUGAAAAUUUGUCACAAAUUCCUCCGGAAGUAUCACCGCCAUCUUCAGAAACUUCAGGCUCAUCUGGAAGACAAUCCCUGACAUUAAAUUCAGAAUCCGAGAGCUCAGUAAUUGAGUCAGAUACUUCAGCAAUGCAUUCUGUGGAGGGUUCGGCAAAAAGUAUCCGAACGACUGAAAAACAAAUUAGAAAUGGCAUAGAAGUGACAAUCACCCAUAUUGAUAACCCGAAUGCUUUCUACAUACGAGCGAAGAUGAAUGAUGGAAAGUUUAGAGAGCUAGAGAAAAAAUUAGAGAAGUACAAUGAAGUUAACACUCAAGUACCUCGAAAAAUUGUUGAAGGUGGCUUGUAUGUAAUUCAUCGCAGUGGAAAUCCAAAGUGGUAUCGCGGACGUAUUAUGGGAUCUAAAUCUGCAGAGGGUCCAGUUUAUUACCCCGUCUACCAAGUAUUUGCGAUCGAUCAUGGGUUCACUGAUGUUGAAGUUGGAAUAGCUAAUGUCAGAAAUUUAUUCGAAGAUCUAUUAGAUAUUCCUCCGUUGGUUCAAAAGUUCUCGUUGUAUGAUAUCUCACCGAUCGGAGAGUCUUGGUGCCAUGAUUCUGUCGCUCACAUGGAAGAAAUAAUUGACUCAGCUGAAAGGGCGCCGAUAUUAUACACAACCAAAGAAGGAGGCAAAGAUUUACUAAUUCCAGUCAGCCCAACAACCUUCCCGCUAUCAUUGCGCGAUGCUUUGAUUUUUCUAGGCUACGGCAAGUUUAUUUCAACAGCUCGAUUAUACAGAAUAAAUCCUUCAGCUUCUAAUGUAUUCCACCAUGAACAUUUGACUCCUGAUCAGUUAUUCGACGCUGUUUAUUUGAAUUCUUAUUCACCGGAAUGCAUUUAUGUAAGAAAGGCUUCUUACAAUGAACAUUAUUUCGAAAAUAUGGUACAAAAAAUGACUGAAGAUUACAAAAGUACCAAAAGAAUCAAAGGAUAUAUUUACUGUCCCGAAACUGGAAUGAACGUUGCUGUACCUCACGAAAAUUCGUGGUACCGUGGAGUAAUUGUCGAUGUUGUUGGAGUCAGGGUUAUUGAAGUUUUGCUAGUAGAUCUUGGUAUCAACACAACUAUUGAUUAUCAAAAAAUUCGCCGACUUGAUUCACGUUAUACUCAAUCGACUGUACGGGCAAUUAAGCUCUCCCUGAAAGACGCAAAGCCAUUGGAUCCAGCCGAAGGCUGGUCACCGGAAACCAACGCAGCGAUCAAGCAAUUCAUGAAUCCGAUCAACAUUCAAGUAGUCAUCUACGACAGCGUAGCAAUUGACGGGUUCCUUCAUCAUACUGCCUCGAUAAUAAACAAAAACCGCUUGUCAUUGGCGCUCUAUCUCCAGUAUUUAAAAAUCUCCGCCCAGACAGUCAGCACCGGAGUUCUAGAAAAAAUGCAGUCCCGGUUCAUGGGCAUCCAGUCGAAGAAAAAGAGCUUCAAUCGUCGCAAGAGUUCAAAGAAGCCCAAGAACCAGCCGAAGAACCAGCUCCCGAAAUUGGAAGACCCCUAUAAGGUCCAGGUUGUGAUCUCUCUGGUCAAGUCUCCUUUUGAAAUCUACGUGACUAGCGUCCACGAGAGCACGGCUAUCAAUGAUAUAGUAAAGAAGAUGCAGCGGUUCUACGAAACUCACUCGACUGAUGAACAGGUUAAGCUCGUCGAAGACACCGUCUGCGCUGUCUACAGCAAGGACCACAACUGCUACUACCGCGCCAAGAUAAAGAAGGUCAUUUCUCCUGAAGAAGUCAUCGUCUUCUUGAUAGACUACGGGGAGACUGCCCAGGUGGCCGCGAGCGACCUCCUCAGCCUCGGAGCCGAGCUCUACGACAUUCCCAUCCACGUGUUCAAGGUUAAGCUCGCUGGAAUUGCUCCCUGUGGUGGGUCAAAGUCUUGGACCGCAAGUUCCAUCCAGUCGCUUCAAGAACUUCUCGAUCAAAACGGAGACUUUUUCAUCAGCAAGGUCGCUGAGAGCGAGGACGAUGCCAUGCUAGUUGACAUGUUCUUCCAACAGUCGAUAGUCGACGACCCUUGUGCUCCAGCUCGGUCAGAAACUUGGACAAUUAACCGCGAGUUGGUCGACAAAGGCUACGCGCUUCCUAUCAAGGGUUUCAGUGAUCGGAAACUUAAAGUCCUGGCUAGUGAUCUUCACGAAGAAAUGAAUUUCAGCUCCUGUGACUUGUCCAAGCUUGGAACCAGCAACGAGUCCAGUGAAGAAAGCGAGGGUGGAGAAAAUGAUGAGGAUCCUGAGGAUCCUAAAGGAGAAACUAAAUCUCAGGACAGCGAAAAAACGCUUAAAGACGAACAAGAAGUAGAAGAAAAUCCUGAGUUUAAAGAAGUUCCUUUUCCGAAUUUUGCAGCUUUUCCAAAGGGUAUUCCUCAGUGGCUCCCCGCGGAACCGAUUGAACUUUCAGAGCCGUUCAAUGCCCUGGUCACUGACAUCAACUGGGACGGCUAUCUUCAUCUGGUACCCAUUAAAAAUAAUUGCGACACGAUUAGGUGGAUUGAAAAUACUCUCAAUCAAAAAUUCCGCGACUCGGCUUGGAAGAGAGAAACUUGGAAUAUUGGAGAUAUGUGCAUUGCUAAGUUUCAGGACACCUGGUCCCGGGCACUGGUCCAUCGCGUUCAAGAAAAAAUUGCAAUUGAAUACAUUGAUUAUGGGAAUAUGAUGUGGCAAGACGAGAAAUUUCUACGCAAAGAGCUUCUUCUUGAGAAUAUUCCGAGACAAGCUACCAAGUGCAAGGUCUAUGAAAUGACUCCUGAUACUCCGAAUAAAAUCUGGCGGCAGGAAGAUUUGGAUAAGCUUCACGUUCUGCUGGUAGAUAAAGUUUGCCAGGUUACUAUUGUCUCACAGUCACCGGAAGUUUUGGUCAAUAUUGAGUUGUUGGAGCCUAAAUGCAAUUUGAUAACUUACUUGACGGAGAAUUUUAUUGUUAAAUUAAGAAAGGUCAUGUCCGACGAUGUUAUGCUGAACGGAAAAAAUUAUAAAAUAAAAUAUGGGGGUCAACUUGAAGAACUUGAAGACGAAGAUGAUUCUGAAUCAGAUAAUUCCGAUGAUGUUAUCAUAGAAAUAGAAAAUAUGACAGACUUGGACCUUCAGUCGAUGGAACAUGAAGCGAACUUGGAAACUGAAAAUGACCAUGAAAAUGAUAAUGAUGAUGAUUUACCGGAAAAUGACUUGUCAAUUUUAAUUGUGAAGGAACUGGGGCUGACAAAUGGCGACUUCAUUCCUUCAGAAGGUUCAAAUUACCCGAUCUUCACCUUGCCGGUAGAGGUACGAAGCUUCGAAGCGGUAAUGGGCCACGUUGACACUUCAAAGCCCAAUAUUGUGUACUUGCACCCGAUUUCUAGCAAGGAUCAUCCGGCAUUUCAGUACUUCAAAAAGAAGUAUGACGCGAUGAUGUACGAUAUUGGGUUCAAUAUUGGUGGAUGCUCUACAUUGCCGUUCUUUGAAAUAGGCGACCCUUGCUUGGCCGUGUACAGUAAAGACAACGCCUGGUACCGAUGCACGAUCAUGACCGAUCGAGGCACUGAUGGAUUGACUCAAGUAGAGUUCAUCGACUGGGGCUCGGUCGAGUGGAAGAGCAAGGAAGAAAUACGGAAAAUUCCCAAGGACUGGAUGAAGGUUCCGAGGAUGGCCAUCAAGUGCCGGCUCUGGAACACCCGGGUUACGGAUAAUUCUUCGGGAGCUGUUGAUUGGCUCCACAAAGCUUGCGAAAAGGUCAAAUUUAAUGUCCAGGUUGUGAAGCGAGAAAAUGGAUGCACUGUCGUUCAGAUUUAUGACAUGAAGAAUCCUCAAAGACUUUUCUACCAGCCUUUGAUUGAUCGCAGAGUAUUCGAAGCUGAGCUUAAGGAUAUUUAUUAA